GGCUGAUUUCAUUUUACCUUCAUUUAAACGUGUACAUUGAACGAAGUAGCAACAUAUAUUAGUACUGGUGCAUUUCAAAGAAACAUUACCACAUAUCAUUCAUAUAUUCCGCGAGAAAUUUAAUUGAAAAUGUUGAGUGUCCUGUGGUUGCUUUCCAUUAUCUCUUCGGUUCCGUUUUUUGCCAAGGGGGAUGUUGAAACGUCUACAUUUUACGGUGUUCAAGGUACGGGACAUCCCCUAAUUAUAAAAUCGUUCCCAGCCAUUGACAACAUCCAGAGCGAAUUGUACGAGGUCUAUAUGGAACCUUACACCUACAGGGAGGGGAAUUCUAGGGCGAUUUCUGAUAAAGACAAACAGAAAAACUCUCUUGCACAGGAUUUAAGGCCAAAGUCUGCUGUUGCUGUCGUCACUGGAGACGGAAUCAGUGGUGAAAUCACGUUCUUCCAGAAACAACCACCUGCAGGAGUGGUUACCGUUACUGGGAGUGUUACUGGUCUCCCUCCUGGUAGGCAUGGGCUCCACAUUCAUCAUGCAGGUGACCUCAGACAAGGAUGUAAUGAAUUAGGGGACCAUUUCGAUCCAUUUUUGUUACAACAUGGAGGUCCAAAAGACAGUCUUCGUCAUGUUGGGGAUUUGGGCAACAUAGAAGUUGGAGACGAUGGCACCAGCGAGUUUAAAAUAGAAGAUGCUUUCAUUUCCUUAUCAGGAGGACCUAGGAGCAUAUUAGGAAGAGGAAUUGUGAUAACGGAAAACGAAGAUGACUUGGGACGAGGGGGAUCCGCGGAAAGCGUCCGAAACGGAUCAUCGGGAAAACCGAUUGCGUGUGGUGUGAUAGCGUACGUCCGUUAAAAAUUGUUGUAAGAACAAUUGUAAAUAAAUAAAUCGUUUAUAUUAAGACGAAAAAGGUAAAACGGACAGUCUGGCAGGAAUACUAAGUAAGUAAAUUCAUAAAGAAAGAUAACGGUCAUGUCAUGAAGCCUCCAAGUGACCAAUAAAAUUAAUUACUUAAUAUUUGCCGAUAACUAAAAAAAAAUUGUAUCAUAAUUAGUUUUUUUAUGUAGGUACCUAGUAUAUAGUACGUUUAAACUACGAAAAGCUAUUUCAAAUACGUCUACCUACCCGCGUCGAUAAUGUGAUAACAAAUUAUCUAUUUUUAUAUCUUUAAAUUGAAUAAAUAAAGGCGUCUAAAUGAAA